GAAUCUACUUUUUGGGGUUUAGGGUUAGGGCUUAGGGCUUGAGAGCGCGAUGGCGGCUACUUCCAAGACGGUGAAGGAUGUCUCCUCGCACGAGUUCGUCCGUGCCUACGCUGCGCAUCUCAAGAGAUCUGGCAAGGUCGAGCUUCCGCCCUGGACUGACAUUGUCAAGACCUCUGUCGCCAAGGAGCUCGCUCCCUACGAUCCGGACUGGUUCUACGUGCGCGCUGCGUCCAUGGCGAGGAAGAUUUACCUCCGCGGCGGCAUUGGCGUCGGGGCUUUCAAGAAGAUCUAUGGCGGCAGCAAGAGGAAUGGUGCCCGGCCUUCGCAUUUCUGCAAAAGCAGCGGUGCCAUCGCCAGGCACGUUCUAAAGCAGCUUGAGAAGAUCGACAUCAUUGAGAAGGAACCCAAGGGUGGGCGGAGAAUCACCUCCCAGGGACGAAGAGACUUGGAUCAAGUGGCUGGAAGAGUGGCUGUGCCGCCGGUUGCUUAGGUGGCACCACGAUUUUUGUUUUCAUGACAUGUCAUCAAGUUUUGCCACGCUGGCACUAGUCAGCAGCUUAUCUGGCAGUAAGCUUUUUCUCGUUUAGCUUUUAACCUUUAUAGUCCAGCUGUCCACGUCGAAA